CUUAUGUUUGACAAACAAUUGAGUGUUUUUUUGUGGCAAACAUUCGCCAUAUUUUAUAUGAGUUUUUAUAUAUACAUUGAUUAUACUGUUUAGUAGUCAAUGACUGUCAAUGAGUUAAAGGCAUUCAAUAGAUAGACAAACACAACAAGUGAUUGACAAACAAAAUCAAAUACACAGACUAUCACCUCAAGUGAAUCCAAUCGAUUUAUCCAUAAUUUUCUUUUCAAUCACUGAUUGACACCAUCGCCAGUGAUGUCAGACUUUGCUGACGAUUCAAACAUCAGUCUUAACGCUUUUGAUGAACUAAAAGCCGACAGAGAACUCAAUGGAAACAAUGACGCUAACAAUGAGUCGGACGAGAAGGCAGAUCUCGACGAGUUGGACACACAGGAGACCGGCUAUAGUGAUGGUCGCGAUGUCAUUGCCAACAACCGGGUGACCACCACUUCCGGCAACAAAACCAAUGACGACGAAGACAGAAAACUAUUUGUUGGAGGACUCAGUUGGGAGACACAGGAAAAGGAUCUAAGAGAAUACUUCACCAAAUACGGCUCUGUCACCGAUGUUAGCAUCAAAUACGAUGCCGUUUCGGGUAAUCCAAGAGGUUUUGGUUUUAUCACAUUUGCUUCCGAAGAGUCUAUCGAUGAUGUUUUAAAGAUUAGUACACAUAUGAUUAAUAAUAAGACAGUUGAUCCCAAGAGAGCAAAGUCGAGGCCAAUCUGUAAAAAGAUAUUUGUUGGUGGAAUCGACUCUAAUAUGACUGAGGAUGAGAUCAAAAAAUAUUUCUCCAAAUAUGGAAAUGUUGAAGGUAUAGAAUUGCCAUUUGAUAGGCAACGCAAUCGUCGCCGAGAAUUUUGUUUCAUUAUAUUCGAUACUGAAGAGGCUGCUGAAGAAGCUGUCAAAGAGGCAAAACAAACGAUUGGCAACAAAGAAUGUGACAUUAAGAAAGCACAGCCACAACCUGUGGCACAACAACAGAAGCGUAUGCAACACAAUCACGGCUACGAAAAUGGUGGCAACAGAAGGGGUGGUGGCACUGGCAAUGGUAGUGCUGGUGGUGGUAGUAGUAGUAGUACUGGUGGUGGCAGUCGUCGUAAUCAAUCAGAUCAAUAUCAAAAUCAGAACGCUUGGAGUGGGUAUAAUGGUUUGGCACAAAAUUAUUACGGCAACUAUUACGGCACUCAAUAUCCCAAUGCGUACGGCUAUGCCAACCAAAACUAUGAUUAUUAUAGUCAAUACGGUUACAAUUAUCAAGACUAUUGGUCCAAUUAUUAUGGAUACGGCGAUCAAAGUGGCGCUGUAGCCGGUGAUUACACACAGUCUACAACAGCUGAUACUACUACUGGUUAUGGAGCCGUAGCCUCUCAAUCGACCACACCGUCAGCUACGCACUCACAUUCGCACCACAACUCUCAGUCGGGAAGUACUUCGGCCGGCAAAAUGGUCCGUAAGUCGGCCUCGUCGUCGUCGUCCGCUAAUUAUCAUCCGUACCGAAGCUCUUCGCAACAUUAGAUCCCCACUUAACAGUUCACACAAUUACAUCACAACUAUUCAACAAAAAAACAUUUGAGAGAAACUCUUGAGAUUUCACAUACACUUCCCAAACAUUUGUUAUAAUUAAAGCGUGUUUAAGGAUUUAGUUUUUUUUAUUAUUUUUCUCCAAAAUCGAUAUUAGUUUGCAUUAAUUUAUACGAAUUUUGUUAAUUUAGUAUUAAUAAUAAUAAUAAUAAUAAUAAAUAUA